AUGGACGUUGAAGGAAAGAGACUCUAAGAAAUCACUGCUGAAAUCCAAAAAUGGUGGACUAACUCUCGUUGGGAAAAUGUUGAAAGACCCUACUAAGCUUAAGAUGUUGCCCGUUUAAGACCCACCAUCCCCAUGGACUACCCCUCCAACUACUAAUCCAAGAAGAUGUGGAAACUCUUGAAGGAAGCCCAAGCCAACAAGGGAUUCCACCACACUUUCGGUGCCUUAGACCCCGUUCAAGUUAUCAACUUAUCCAAGUACUUGAGAACUGUCUACGUCUCUGGAUGGUAAUGCUCUGCCACUGCCUCCACUACUAAUGAACCUGGUCCAGAUUUUGCUGAUUACCCUGCCAACACUGUCCCCAACAAAGUUGACCAACUCUUCAAGGCUUAACUUUUACAAGACAGAAUCCAAAAUGAACAAAGAGCUCAUUUGACCCCUGAAUAAAGAGCUAAGACUCCCAGAGUUGACUACCUUGCUCCUAUGAUUGCUGAUGCUGAUGCUGGUUUCGGUGGUAUUACUUCAACCAUGAAGUUAAUUAAGUUAUUCAUUGAAGCUGGUGCUGCUGGUAUCCAUCUUGAAGAUUAAAGACCUGGUACCAAGAAAUGUGGUCACAUGAGUGGUAAGGUCGUUGUCUCCACUCGCGAACACGUCAACAGAUUAAUUGCUUGCAGACUCCAAGCUGAUAUUAUGGGAACUGAUUUAAUUAUCCUCGCCAGAACUGAUGCUUUAUCUGCUAGACUUAUUGACUCCAACUGUGACCCCGUUGACCACCCCUUCAUCCUUGGUCUUUGCCCUGAUGGUAAGGAAAGAACUUUCCCUAAUGCAGGUCUUGAAGCUAUCAAGGCUAAGUUCACUGGUGCUAAGGUCCAAGAAGUCACCAAGCUCUGGCUCUCUAAGUGUUACGAUCUUUCCCUCACUCAAGCCCACGAAUACGCUAGAACUCUCGGUUUUGACUUCCAAUUCGACUGGGAAGCUCUCCGUUCAUCUGAAGGUUUCUACUCCAUUGACGGUUGUGUUGAAUUAUGUGCUGCUCGUGCUAAGUAAUAUUUAAGAUAUGCUGAUAUGGUUUGGAUGGAAACUCCUACUCCCUCUUUGGAAGUUGCUACUAAGUUCUCUACCUUGGUAAAGAAUAACCAUCCCACCAAAUUAUUGGCUUACAACCUUUCCCCCUCUUUCAACUGGUCUGCUUUCAACAUGUCCAAUGCUCAAAUCCAAUCUUUCUGUGCUGACCUUGGUAGACUCGGAUACACCUGGUAAUUCAUUACUUUAGCUGGUUUCCACUUGAAUGCUCUCAAGUCUGAAAAGCUCUCUAAGGAUCUUGCUGCCCGUGGUAUGCUCGCCUACGUCGAAACUGUCCAAAGAAAGGAAGAAAAGCACAAAGUCGACCAACUCACCCACCAAAAAUGGUCUGGUGCUAACUACGUUGAUGCUUGCCAAGCCCUUGUUCAACCCGAAUCUCAAACCUUAGCCUCCUCCAAAGACUCUACUGAAAACUAAUUCAAGCAUUGA